ACGCUGCCGUCGGCCGGUGCAGACUUUAUCAGGCGUCAGACCAUGCCAAGGCGUGCCGCUACGACUCGACAAGUCAAGCUCACCCAGGGGCACUGGAUCAACGAAUACCCCGUCCCGACCCCCAUCUCAAGCGUGGUCGAGCCCAAGUGGACGUCAGGGACAAAGUCGCGCGAGUUCACUCAUAUGCGAUACACUGCAGCGACGUGCGAUCCCGACGACUUUACGCCCGAGAACGGCUGGAACCUUCGAGUCAGCAAGUACGGACGGGAAACAGAGCUCCUCAUCGCCGUUACGAGCUACAACGAGGACAAGAUAUUGUACGCUCGCACCCUGCACAAUGUCAUGCUCAACAUCAGGGACAUUUGCAAUACCAAAGCUUCCAAAUACUGGCGGCGAUCAGCAGAAGAAGGCAGACCCGGUUGGCAGCGGAUCGUCGUGGCGCUCAUUGCCGAUGGGAUCGGCCCCAUGGACACCAACGUCCUCGACGUGCUGGCAACUAUUGGCUGUUACCAAGACGGAGUACUCAAAAAGGCCGUCGAUGAAAAGUCGACCGUCGCGCAUAUCUUUGAGUAUACCACGCAACUGUCUGUAGACGCCAGCCCUCAACUCGUCCAGCCUCACCCCGGAGACCCCAACAAUCUCGUUCCCGUCCAAAUCAUCUUUUGUCUCAAGCAAGAGAAUACGAAAAAGAUCAACUCCCACCGGUGGCUCUUCAAUGCCAUUGGCAGGCAGCUGAACCCCGAGAUAUGCGUCCUCCUCGACGCUGGAACCAAGCCGGGGCACAAGGCGAUCUAUCAUUUAUGGGAAGCAUUCUACAACAACCCCAACCUCGGUGGUGCCUGUGGAGAGAUUCACGCCAUGAUCAGAAAGGGCGCCAAGCUGCUAAACCCGUUAGUCGCGGCGCAGAACUUUGAGUAUAAAAUGUCCAAUAUCUUGGACAAGCCCCUGGAGAGCAGCUUUGGAUAUGUAAGCGUCUUGCCUGGCGCCUUUUCGGCGUAUCGGUUCCGAGCCAUCCAGGGCCGACCCUUGGAGCAGUAUUUCCAUGGGGACCACACGAUGGCCGAUCGUCUCGGAAAGAAGGGCAUACACGGAAUGAACAUCUUCACCAAAAACAUGUUCCUCGCCGAAGAUCGAAUACUCUGCUUUGAGCUCGUCGCCAAGGCGGGGGACAAAUGGGUACUGUCCUAUGUCAAACCCAGCAAGGCCGAAACGGACGUGCCAGAGGAGGCAGCCGAAUUGAUCAGCCAGCGUCGGCGAUGGUUGAACGGCUCGUUUGCUGCUUCGGUCUACGCUCUCAUCCACUUCUUUCGGCUCUACAAGAGCGGGCACAAUCCCCUCCGAAUGUUCUUCUUCCACAUCCAGGGAAUCUACAACUUUCUCAACCUCAUCUUCUCCUGGUUCGCGCUCGCCAACCUGUGGCUCACCUUUUCAAUCAUCAUCAAUCUCGUCCCAGAUGCGACCCACAUCUACCUCUUUGGCGGCGAGACGGUCACUCACUGGAUCAAUCUCGUCUUGUUGUGGGUGUAUCUAGCAUUCCUCAUGUUACAGUUCGUCUUGGCCCUUGGGAACCGACCGAAAGGAGAGAGGGGAUUAUACCUCUUGACGCUGAGCGUAUACGCGAUACUCUCAGCAUACCUCAUCACGUGCUCUCUGAUCCUUUCCAUCAGAGCGUUCCAGUUUGCUCUCAAUGUAGACGGCGAUCUCGGCAUGAAGUUAAAGAAUCUCUUCAGCAAGACCAACGGCGUUCUUGUUGCAGCCCUCAUGUCAACAGUCGGAAUCUACCUCUUUGCUUCCAUACUAUACCGCGAUCCCUGGCACAUGUUCCACUCGUUCCCGCAGUAUCUACUUCUCGCCCCGUCUUUCACCAACGUACUGAACGUAUACGCAUUCUGCAACUUGCACGACGUCUCAUGGGGAACAAAGGGUUCCGACAAGGUCGAAGCAUUGCCGGCCAUUACAUCGAGCAAGGAGAAGGGCGGGGCAGUGGUGGAGGAUGUUCAGCGAAACAUGGCGGAACUCGACGAGGCGUUUCAGCAGACGGUAUCGCGCGCCGUCACGCCGUGGAAAGAGGCCGACGGCACCGACUUGCCAAAUCCAGACGACCAAAACCGUACCUUCCGAACCAGACUCGUCUGCUUCUGGCUCAUCUCCAACGCCGCCCUCGCAAUCUCUAUUCAGACCUUGAAUGGUCUUCCCGAAACGAGACGCCUGGUUGAGCUUUGUCUUCCCGCUGACUACAACCCCAUCAACGGCUCCGCCAUCGUCCCGGUCAACGCCACUUGCCUCACUCGAGCAAUCAACUCACAGACGCAGGAUCUCGAGGACAAGCAGCAGUACUACUUCAUGUAUCUGCUUUGGGGGACGUUUGGUCUAUCCGCCGUCCGCUUUGUAGGCUGCCUGUACUAUUGGGUGACGAGGCAGCUGGGUCGGUGCUGUAGGCGGAACUAG